GGAAGCGGAAAGAGAGAAUGAAGAAAAAGAUGUCGAUUCUUGAUUUUCUUUGCGGUCUUUGGGGUCAUCUCGAAGCCCUAGUCCUCAAGCUAAUGUUUAUCUUCGGAGUUGGCACCGUUGCGGAUGGGUCAUGGAUCCACCCGGAGCACACGCUCCAGCCGGCGGAGCGCCACGACCCGUUCUACUGCAUGGCGUGCAAGGAGAUCGGGUUCGUGCGCUCGUACUCGUGUGAGCCGUGCGCGGUCCAUGUCCACAAGGAGUGCAUGUCUCCACCUCCCAUCAUGUGCCAUCCUCUGCCGGAUCUCGGCGAUCUCUCUUUUGUUCGAAGCGUCACAACUUAUGACACCAAUACCGACGACAAAGGCGGUGGCGGCAAAUUUUGUGGGGCAUGCUCCAAGCCGAUGCGUGGUUGCGGGUACAUGUCUGCUGAUGGAAAGAGCAGCUUCCACCCCUGUUGUCUUCACCUCAACAAAUUCAUAAAAGUUAACGGCGAGACGCUCGAGCUUAAGAGGAAGAACGUAUCAUUGAAAUGCAACUGGUGCAAGACGGUGUCGAUCCGGGCUCGUAGAGUUGUUAUCCCGAGCUGGUCAUACGUCUCAAUGGGCAAGGAUCACAGCUUUCACGUCGUUUGCGUCCACGACGUGACGCGCGAGAGCUGGAGAGACGGCAGCAUCGAUCAGCUCGAACGAGGAAAGGAAGAGGACCACAGCUCUGACUUCAUGACAUGCCUAAGCCUCAAGAUCAAGCUCCCCAUUGACCCUGAAGAAGAAAGAGACGCCGUGGAAUCAGCGGCGCAGAAGGUGGCGGAUCUCCUAAUGAAGGACGUCCGCGAUGGGAAUAACCCUUCCGCCGGGGCCGUGGGAGAUCGGGCAAACACAAUGAUGGAGGUCCUCAGGGACAGCUUGGGAGCUCUUACGAGAGGGGUGGGUUCUGGGUCUGGCCAAUUAUGGGAGGUCACUAAGGUCGUGUGGCGACUGCUGCUUCUCAAGAUACGCAAAUGGAUAGCUUCUCUGGCCGACACUCCAGUCGGCCGUGCUGUCGCGAGGUCUGGACCAGUCACGCAACCAUCCAAGCUGUGGGAGCUGAUCCGUCCCUUCCUGCGUUGGGUUUGCUCCAAGUUAUGUGAAUUAGCAAGCCGGAUGUUGACGGGGACGUCCUCGCUGCUAGGUCGACUCCUGCAUGAUGCCCAAGCCUACUUGAUGGAUUCCAUUUAAGGGAAAGAAAAGGAAAAGGACGUCUCUCUCCAGCUAAGCUCUCUCCCCCGCCAGGCUCUCUCUCAACCUCGGUCCGAGGGAAUUCUGGCGUUCCUCUCACCACCAUCAGUUCCCAUUGCUCCCGUGGCGUCCCUCACGGUCAUCCUUCCUUCACCGGCGCUACACUUGCAUGGCCAUGCACCGUCUGUCGUCCGUUUGCUCUGCGUCUUCUGGUUUGGUAGUUCCAUUUAAGAUAGGAUUGGGAAGUUUUUUCAGUCCUAAUAGAAUUGCUAUGGUAUUCUGGUUCUAGUAGGAUUGAAUGCGAUACUCAUGGGUUAUAAGUGUUUUGUUAUAUAUUGGUCAUGCCCUAGGAUAUUCUCGAUUCAUCCAUUGCAUAUUUAAGCCGAAAGUUUCGGAAACUCAAUCAUGUUGU